AAAAUGGACGGGGAAGAUGACGACGUUAAAAGAUACUUCGAAGUGUUCGAUUAUGUCGUUUUUGCCGUUAUGUUGAUCGUGUCCGCGUUAAUUGGGGUGUAUUUCGCUUUUUUCGCCAAAGUCAAGCAGAACACCACUUCGGAGUAUCUUAUGGGCGGAAAGACUAUGGGGAUUUUUCCCAUUUCGAUGUCAUUAAUUGCCAGUUACAUCUCAGGUAUAAGUCUCCUAGGCCUCCCUGCCGAAAUGUACACUUACGGCACCCAGUUCUGGAUAGCCCUUUUACCAAAAAUAUUGGUAGCUGUAAUAACAGCCUACGCGAUCUUGCCAGUAUUCUACAAGCUACAAAUCACCUCGACGUACGAAUACCUCAAUCUGAGAUUCAACAAUACAGUGCGAAUGCUUGGGACGAUACUGUUUUUGACCAAGAUGCUGCUGUAUAUUCCUAUUGUGAUUUAUGUGCCGGCGUUGGCUUUUAGUCAAGUUACUGGUAUAAAUCUGCAUCUUGUCACUCCGGUCCUUUGCAUGGUGUGUAUAUUUUAUACAACAUUGGGUGGAUUAAAAGCAGUAGUUUGGACAGACACAGUCCAAACAAUCAUAAUGUUUGGAGCUUUAAUAUUAACCGUGAUAAUAGGCACAGUAAAAGUUGGUGGAGUACGAGAAGUGUGGACGAGAAAUCUCGAAGGAGACCGCAUAGAGUUUUUCAACAUGAACUUAGAUCCAACAAUACGCCAUUCCUUCUGGACAGUUACUAUAGGCAAUUUUUUUUAUUGGCUAGCCUCUUGUUCCAUAAACCAGGCAAUGGUCCAGAGAUGUUUGGCAAUGCCCACUCUUAAAGCAGCCAGAAUGACAUUAGUUAUUAUGGUAAUCGGAUUGUGGGCGUUGGUAUCCAUGUGCUGCUACAUGGGUUUGGUUAUUUAUGCUUUUUAUCACAAAUGCGAUCCAGUUACCAGAGGCUUUAUACACAAAAGCGACCAACUUUUGCCGUACUUUAUUAUGGACAUUGCUGGGGAUAUACCUGGAUUGCCUGGCAUGUUUGUUAGCGGUGUUUUUAGUGCUGCUUUAAGUUCCAUGUCUACUGGAUUAAAUUCAAUGACGGGAGUUAUUUUUGAGGAUUUAAUAAAACCAAAACUUAAAAAGCCUCUAACAGAGGCCCAAGCCAGUUUACUAAUGAAAGUGAUUGUUGUAAUUAUUGGCACUGUCUGCGUUGGUUUGGUGUUUGUGGUUGAAAAAUUGGGCACCCUCAUACAAGCGGCCGGAAGCAUAGGAGCCAUCACUGCUGGGCCUUUAAUGGGCGUUUUUGCUUUGGGGAUGUUUUUCCCUUGCACUACGCCUCAAGGCGCUUUAGCUGGAGGUUUAUUAAGUGGAGCCCUAAUAGCUUGGAUAUCGGUGGGGUCCCAGGCCCAAAUCGCCCAAGGAAAUAUACGAUUUCCUCAAAAGCCCAUUUCUGUUGAAGGUUGCAGUGCUGAUUGGUUGGCAGAGUAUUUGAGUAUUACGUUGAGCGGCGACAUUCCCAAGCCUACAGAACCUGCUUUUGCUCUUUAUAGAUUAUCCUACAUGUACUUUACACCACUAGGUACCAUUGCGGCUAUAAUUAUUGGGUUGGUAGUCAGUUAUCUUACAGGGCGCAGCAAAAAUAAGAUUAGUACAGAUGUUUUUUCACCAUUGGUACGAAAAUUUAUUAGCAAACCGAAAAGUGACCAACUUGAUCUCAAAGUUACAAAUAAGUCUACAAGAUGAUGAUGCAAAAAUUUAAACUUAUAUAAGAUAGUAAUUUUUUGGCAAUUUGAUUAUUAUAUUUUUAAUAGAUGUUUGGUUUCUAAUUUAUAUUCCUUGCUGACAGUUCCAAUAGAGUUGAGUCUGAUUAGUGAUUACCCAUCACCAGAAAAAGACACUGUAUUAUCAAAAUUAUAGUAGAUUUUUUUUUUAAAAUCUACAACCCUAUAAUCCAGAAAUAAAUAAAAACAAAAUAAUAAUGUAUACAAAAAUGCCUAAUUUAUUAAAUAAAGAAAAAACAUUCUUCGAAACUUAAAGAGCAAAUACAUAAACCUUAUGAAUUUGAACAACUUAAAAAAUUAAUAAGAAAUAGAAAACAAACAGAAAAAUAUUUGAAACCUCACUAAUACUGGCCAAUUUUUUCAAUUUCUUCACAAUCCUCGGCGUUCAAAAAAUGAAUUUUCUUGGAAAAAUGCUUCUCUAUAUCUUUGCAAAUUCGCAUAGCAUUAUCUGAAUCAAUCAGAUUGAUGGCAAUACCCUUUUUGCCAAAUCUACCGGUACGCCCGAUUCUAUGCAGAUAAGUUUCACAAUCAGCUUCGCCUUGCAGAUUAACUGGUAGGUCAUAGUUUACAACUAUGGUCACUUGUUCCACAUCAAUACCUGUGAAAAGUUUUAUUAUUGGUUUUUACACAUUUGUAAUGAUUUACCUCUAGAUAGAACAUUAGUUGUGAUAAGGACUUUUUCUUGGGAGGCCCUGAAUCUGUCCAAAACAUUUAUUCUUUGCUCCACAGUUAACUCGCCGCUAAGAACUGCUACAGCGUGACCAUCUCUUGCCAUUUUUGCAGCCAACCAUGCUGCAGCUUUUCGUGUCUUGGAAAAAAUGGGUAAUCAUAAAAUUGACAAUCUAAAAUAAAAACUUACAUGGCAGAAAAUAAUAGCUUGUCCUAUUGCCAAAGUCCCAUAAAUAUUUGUAAUGGCAUUGUAUUUUUCUUCAGCUGAUGAACAUUUGACGUAAUACUGUCCAAUGUUAUUCAAAAUUUCCUCUUCACGUUUGAGCUUAAUUAUAAUUGGAUUUUUAACAAUAUGCUCAGAGAAAUCCAUAACUUCUUGACUAUAGGUGGCUGAGAA